GUCGCGCUAGCGCAGUAUUCUGCCGAGGGGCGGUCUGGCACGCAACAGCGCGACAAAGGCUGUUACACUAUCAACUUCAUCACGACAUCAUCAACCACAACGCGAUCUAAAACCUGCAGUAACUACCAGGUGCUUGUCGCAUAGCCAUGGCGCCUCGAGAGAACUCCCAUGAGCCCUCCGGCACACCUGUGCCGGUAGAAAACAGGGUCGGAGUGAAAGCAUGGGUUGAGAAAGAAGGCGAGAAGCGCAAAGCCGAACUGCUUUCAAUUCAAACCCGUCAAGGCCAGACUAAGUUUUAUGUGCAUUAUGAAGACUUCAACAAGCGUCUCGACGAAUGGAUAUCUGCAGAUCGCAUCGACUUGUCACGAGAGGUCGAGUGGCCUGCGCCUGAAAAGGCUGACAAAAAGAAGAGUGGUACUCCUAAAGUAGACAAGGCGCCUUCCAAGUCGGAACAGAAGAGUCUCAAAAGAUCGCGUAGCAAGCUCGACCGCGAGAUAUCAGGCACGCCAGAGUCCACGUCUAGCAAUGUCCCUGGUAAGGCCCAACGUCCAUCCAAGGCAAGCGGAAAUGAGAAUCAAGAGAUUCUCGUAACGAGCGAAGUCCUCGAUGGCACUCCUAAGCCCGAGGAUGAGGAGAUGGACUUGAUGGAUGUUCAAGACGCAGCCGCAGCAGCCAAAGCUGUGCCAGAUCAAAACUACUCACGUGAAGACGAGAUCGAGAAGCUGCGUACGUCCGGCUCUAUGACACAGAACCAGACCGAGAUCUCUCGAGUACGUAACCUAGAGAAGGUGCAGAUGGGCAAGUUUGAGAUUGAACCGUGGUAUUUCUCGCCUUACCCAAUCGACUUUAUAGAUUCGGACAUCGUCUACAUCUGCGAGUUCUGCCUUUCAUACUACGGUGAGCAGACACAGUUCGAGCGCCAUCGGGCAAAGUGUACGCUACUACACCCACCUGGCAACGAGAUCUACCGCGACGACUUUGUGUCUUUCUUCGAGAUAGAUGGACGGCGACAACGAACAUGGUGUCGAAACCUCUGCCUGCUCUCAAAACUUUUCCUGGACCAUAAGACCCUCUACUACGACGUCGACCCCUUUCUCUUCUACUGCAUGUGCACGCGCGACGAGCAUGGUUGCCACCUUGUUGGCUACUUCAGCAAAGAAAAGGAAUCAGCUGAUGGCUACAACGUUGCUUGUAUUCUAACCCUGCCCCAAUACCAGCGGAAGGGCUUCGGAAAGUUGCUCAUUGACUUCUCGUACAUCCUCUCGAAACGGGAGGGCAAGCUUGGCUCUCCUGAAAAGCCGCUCUCAGAUCUGGGUCUUCUAGGUUACCGUGCAUAUUGGCAAGAAAUCAUCGUCGACUUGCUCAUGGACGGUCGCGUGGAAGCCAACGUCGACGAUCUUGGCACUGCAACAGCAAUGAUGACGAACGACGUGCUGCACACGCUGCAAAAUCUGAAUAUGCUUCGCUACAGCAAGAACCAGCACGUUAUCGUCCUGACAGACGCCGUAAUUGAGCAGCGCGAGCGCCAGAAGGCGAAGGAGAAAAUCAAGGGCAAAAGAAGCCUUGAUCCGGAUCGACUUAUCUGGAAGCCACCGGUGUUCUCCGCUGCCAGUCGUACAUGGAACUGGUGAUCGAAUGUGGUAGUCCAGGCGUUGGCGCAUACGUUGAUUCAGAUUUUACUUAGGUAUACCCCAAUCCAUUCAUAAUUGCUUCCAUGCA